AUGAGUAAAGUGAAAGAUGAAGAGAGCAUCAUGUCAUACCUGUCGCAGAGUGAGACUGACACCAGCCCCAAAGACUUGAAUGUGGUGGCCAUGCUCCAUAACUUCUGGGAGCAGAAGCAGGCGAGUCAGUUAAAUGGUUCACUCAAUGAAUCAGACGGUUCUGGUGGGGCCGCAGUCGUCCAGACAGAGAGCCUGCUGCUGUACGAGUCUGCACCUUCCCCUGGUCCGCCGUACAUCUGCUAUGUCACCCUUCCAGGAGGAAGCUGCUUUGGUAACUAUAAGGUGUGCGACACUCAGGCAGAAGCUCGGAGGGAUGCGGCUCGCGUGGCUCUGAUGAACUCUCUUGUGAACGAGUUGCCAUGUCGACGCAUUAACCCUCAGUUCAUCACUCAGAGUUUGCAGCAGGCGGCCACAGAGAGUGCUGUCUCUAUAGAAGAUGCAUGUGAUUCAAGCACCAGUAUAGGAACCUACAGUUUGCUCCUCCACUCCUACAUGGGAAGGACAAUGUUGGAGUUCCAGGAGAUGAUGACAAUUUUCCAGUUGUUGCACUGGAACGGAACACUGAAAGCUCUGAGGGAAAGGCAGUGCUCUCGACAGAGUGUAAUUGCCUAUUACUCUCAGCGAGGUCUUGAUGAGUAUAUGCGCAGCAGCAUGGCUCUGGAUUGGCUCGGACGGGAGCAUAGCUCACCGGGGCGGCUCGGGGAGGAGCUGCAGGUGGCGCAGAGGGAGCUGGUGUUGGCCCGGCGUCGAGGCGUAGAGCUACGCUUCUGCAAGGAAAAGACAGAGAUCCUCAGCUUGGCUCUGAGUCAAGCAUACAUUCACCACACACCUGAAGUCUCGAGCCAGAUGUCAAGUCACACAUACAAGCAGGAACAACUUCCUUUACACACGUUAUACGGCAAGGGCACAGCAGUCCAGAUAACCCCACCCUGCAGUCCUUCACCAACCCUUCAUAAAAACACAAAGCAAACAGUCUGUCACACCUCUGGCAAACACAUGGCCUCAAGCAGUCCUUCACCAUGCUCACAGCAGACGUAUGUGCCUUUGAAUAACUUUGAAUAG